AUGUACGACGAAAUCCGCCAUCUAGAGGCAAGAAAUAGUUGGGUCUAUGUAGACCCGCUGCCGUGCUCGUCAGGCCAUAACGUUGUCAGCUCAAAAUGGGUUUUUCGGAUGAAGCGCGAUGCGCGCGGAGAAGUCACAGGCUACCGCGCGCGCUUAGUCGCCCAAGGAUUCACGCAAGUAGAAGGUAUCGAUUAUUUUUCGGAUGAUACGUUUGCCGCGGUUUGCAAACUCGCGUCUGUGCGUGUUAUUCUUUCCGUCGCCGCUCGCAAUGGCUGGUACACCCAUCAAGUCGAUGUCAAGAGCGCUUACCUGUACGGCAAGCUGCGCGACGACGAGAAAAUUUAUAUGCGGCCGCCUCCUGACAUCGAACUUGACGGCAUCGACGCUGGACAACUCCUUUUACUACUUGUCACGAUCUAUGGACUCAAACAGUCGGGCCGGCGCUGGUAUAUCCGACUCCGCGAGAUUCUCGAGGGCUUCAAACUGGUGCGCCUCGAGCAUGAUCAUGCCGUCUUCUAUCAUCGUCACCCUGAUGGCGAGAUCUCCAUCAUAUUCCUCCAUGUUGACGAUAUGACCCUGGUAUGCUCACUCCUAGCAAACUUACUCCACCUCAAGGAGAUGAUUAAGUCGAAAUUGGAGAUUACGGACAACGGCGAACUUCACUGGCUGCUCGGUAUCGAGAUCCGCCGAAAUCUCGAGAAGCAUACUAUCGCACUUUCGCAGCGUGCGUACAUCGAGUCAAUCAUUGCUCGGUAUGGCUUUGCAGAUGCAAAGCAGCUCUCACAGCCCAUGGAUACUCAUGUCCACCUGUCUGUUGACCAAUGCCCUGUCACCACGGCAGAGUAUGCUGUCAUGCGUGACAAGCCUUAUCUUGAGGCACUCGGAGCUUUACAGUAUGUUUCCGUUGCUACUCGUCCCGAUAUCACUUUUACUGUCGGACAGCUUGCACAAUUCAGUCGCAACCCAGGAAUCAUGCAUUGGAAUGCUUUGAAGCACGUUUACCAGUACCUCAAAGGUACCGCGGACCUGUGGCUCGUUCUGGGCGGCUCGGAGGACAACGACGUUGUCGGCUAUUCCGACGCCGAUGGUAUGAGCACGGAGGGACGUCGCCCCGUUUCCGGCUAUGUCUUUAUGCUCAAUGGCGGUGCUGUCUCCUGGUCCUCAAAGCGUCAAGACCUUGUUACCUUAUCCACAACUGAGGCCGAAUACGUCGCACUCACGCAUGCCAGCAAAGAAGCGCUGUGGCUGCGUUCUUUCAUCAUUGAAUUAUUUGGCAACCCUGAAGUUCCUAUUCCUCUCCGCUCUGACAACCAGUCUGCCAUCGCACUGUCGAAAGAUGAUCGCUUUCAUGCGCGGACGAAACACAUUGAUAUCCGGUUCCAUUUUAUUCACUACGCCAUCGCUGAUGGCAAAAUUUCACUCUCAUACUGUCCUACAGAGGAUAUGACAGCAGACAUCCUGACGAAGGCCUUGCCCUCGAUGAAGAGCAAACACUUCGCUUCGUCCAUGGGACUCACAAAGGUUUGA